GUCAAGAUCCCCAUGUUCUGGAGGGGAUCUCUUAAAACACUCCAACCUGCCUGAAAGCCAUGGUUUGAUUUCUAGGGACUCACACCAUACUUGCCCUUGGUCAGAACUGUCCCCUGACUGAUCCUCUGUGUUUGAGUCUCCUUACACUGCACUUCAAGGCAGGCUGGGGCCAUGUGGCCCUGCCCCACCCUUGCUUGGCUCCAGUUCCAACUUCCAGAGUGAAGUUGGAGCUGCAGUGGCUUACAUUCCCCGCCCUUCUCAUCAGAUGGGAAGCCUAGUUUGUGGGCUGGGGGCAGCCACAGCUUUUCCCAUCUGGUGCCCACUGCCCACAGUCCCUAGGCAUCUGCUCCAGGACUUAGAACCCCUUAAAGCUGAAAGCAAGCCUUAGAAGACCACAGCCUGGCACUCAAGCAGAGCCGGAUCUCACACUGAGCAGCUGCAGUCGGAGGAAUCAGAGAAAGCGCCAGAAAGCGCCACCCAGCCCCAGAUUCCAAGGGGCCUGCUGGGGACUCUCCUCCCCCUCCUCCUCCUCCUCCUCCUCUCCUCCUCCUCUUCGGGAAGGAAGACCCCGAGGGAGACUGCUAUCUCACACCAGCUCCUGGGCUGCCAUGGGACUAGCAGCCACCGCCCCCCAGCUGUCCUCCCCACUGCCAGGCAGAUAGGGUGGCUGCUGCCCCAGGAGCACCUGCCUGAUCCCUGCUGCCUGGCACCUCCUUUGGGGACAGCCCUUUCCUGACUCAGUGGCCACCUUUUCUGACACGUGGCCAUGUAGGUCCUGCUCAGGCUCCUGUGGACACACCGCUGGGGACAGCACCUCUGCUCUUGGGGAAGCCAGUGCACCACCAUGCCCCGGGGAUUCACCUGGCUGCGCUAUCUUGGGAUCCUCCUUGGUGUGGCCUUGGGGAAUGAGGGUUUGGAGGUGUGGCCCUUGACCCAGAAUAAGGAGUGCACCGUCACGGGCUUCCUUCGGGACAAGCUGCAGUACAGGAACCGGCUUCAGUACAUGAAACACUACUUCCCCAUCAACUACAGGAUCGGCGUGCCUUACGAGGGGGUGCUCAGGAUCGCCAACAUCACCAGGCUGAAGGCGCAGGUGAGCGAGCAGGAGCAGCGGUAUCUGUGGGUCUUGGUGAGUCUCAGUGCCACCGAGUCGGUGCAGGACGUGCUGCUUGAGGGCCACCCGUCCUGGAAGUACAUGCAGGAGGUUCAGACACUGCUGCUCAACAUCAAACAGGGCCUCCCGGAUGUGGAGAUCAGCCCCAAGGUGGAAGAGGUGUUGUCCCUCCUGAAUGUGCCGGGUCGGAGCCUGAAGCUGGUGCGGCCCAAAGCCCUGAUGGACAACUGCUUCCGGGUCAUGGAGCUGCUGUACUGCUCUUGCUGUAAACACAGCUCCAUCCUGAAAUGGCAGGAGUGCGAGGUGCCAAGUCCUCAGCCCCAUGCCUUGCAGUGUGAGGCCACCCAGCUGUACCCCCCUCCCCAGCAGACCCCCACCUCCCUGUCCCACUCCCCUGGCUCAAGCACUGGACCCCAGGUCAGGGCCCAGGGCGAGGGCCCCUUGCCCUGAUCGGCCUGUGUGCUGACCCUGGGUGGGGACACCUGAGGACUUCCGGGAGCUGGACUAGGCCCGAGACUUUGCUGUGUGAUGGGGGUCCCCGCCUUGAGAGAGGCCCUGGGGGAAGGUGUUUUUCCCCUCUGGGGGAUUCUGUGCCACCGUUGGGCUCAGCUUCCCACCUUUCAUACCUUACUUGCUCUCACUUGGAGGGCUGGGGGUCAGGGAGACCUGGUGCCACCCUCGUGGCCUCCCCUGCCUGCAGGUGGUGCUGCAGUCUCCUGGGGCCACAGCAGCCAGCGCAUCCCUGGGCAGGGACGGGGCCCACGUGGGACUCUGGGACUCACACAGAGGCUUUCCAACUGGACUGAUGGGGAGGGCUGUCCAAGGGCAGAGCCACAUGCCACAUCUUGCCACAGUGGAUGCUCUUCCAGAUCCUUUUUUUUCUAUUAAAUACCCAUUUUGUUUG